CAUUAAUUACCUCUCUCGCCACCGCAUCGCCGCAUCUUCUAUCUCGAGUCGAGUCUCGACAGACAACCACCACCACCGCAACCACACCACCACACCACCACAAUAACCAUGUUCUGUCUCCGGAGCUGGCUCCCCCUCCUCUUCAUCCCCACCAACGCCUCCCCCCUCUUCAUCAUCUCCUUCGUCACCCUCACUUACAUCCUCCACCGACCUUGCAUCUACUGCUCCGCCCUGCUCCUCAUCCUCUUCAUCUCGUCCUGCCACUGGUCCGACAAAUGCUUCUUCGACCUCCGCGGUGACUGGUUCUCGCCGCGCUACGGAUCCCCCUCCGACUCCUCUUUCUCCGACCUCUCCGCCAACGACUCCUCCACCCUCGCCGGGUACGUCUUCGACACCGUCAACUCCACAUCCAAGGCCCUCGCGGGCGCCUUUGUCGACGAGGCCCAGCGGAGGCUCGCGCUGAAUGGAUCCCUGCCGCACCAGGAUGAGUGGACGGGGAUUGGUCUUGAGUGGUUGCGCAGUUUGUUGGGGCGGAGGGAGUGGACGCUGCCUUGUGUGGAUGUCAAGGUGAGGCUUUGAAAUCGGAUCGCAUCGCAUCGCAUCGCAUUGGAUUGGAUUGGAUCGGAUCAGGCUUGGUCGUGUGGGUUGGGCUGCCUAGGAGGCUAUGUUUGCCUGCCUACUUACCUACCGACUUCAGUUGUCUUGUUACUACUACAUACUCUUACCUACCUUACAUAUCUAUACCCUACCCACCUACAUACCGAUAUCAUCGAUUCGACACCGGUACACAGCACACUGCUCCAGGACACCGGGUUUCCUCCUUUCUUCUUUCUCCUUACUCCUUCCUCACCU